AUGUUUGAGCGGAAGUUCCAACCACAAGGGGAGACUGCCUGCGGGGCCGCCGCAUUCGCGCCCCGCCCGGCGUCGCGCGACGGCCUGCCCCUGUCCGCGCAGUGUAACGCAUCACUGGCAUUCCUCAGCCCCCUGCCGCAUGGCGGCGACGGGGGCGGGGGCGGCGGCGGCGGGGGCGGCAUCGCCGUCGUCCCCGGCGCCGCCGGCGUCCGCCGUGCGCUAGGGGUGCAGGAGCCGCCGCUGCCCGCAGCGGCGCCACGGCCGACGUCCCGACGCAACGGCGGCGCGGCGGCGGCGGCGACGCUGGCGGCGGCGGCAGAUGCGGGCAACUUUAAGUCCUUUGGCAGCGGGCGGGUGCUGGAACUGACGCCGUCCUCAUCAGGGGCGCGCGGCUCUGGCGGCAGCGCCAGCGCCAGUGGCAGCGCCAGCGGCAGCGCCGCUGGCAGCAGCGGCGGCGGCGGCGGCAGCUAUGGUAGCCGCGGCAGCGAGCUAUCGCGCCAAGUCGCGAUCGAGCUCGGUCUCCCCGACCCCGGUUCUCGCGGCACCGGAAGCACGGCGGGCGGCGUCAGCCAGAUCAGCUCGAGGGGGCUGGCGGAGGAAGCCGAGCGGGCGCUCAGGCUGGGGGCCGUGAUCUUCGUGCAGGCGUCGAUCUGCACCCACUCGAUUCCAGUCGGCAUCGCCCUCGGACUGCAGGGCUCAGAGUCCCUUUACGCCCUCCUGCUCGCCGUGUCAGUCCACCAGGCUCUGGAAGGCCUGAGUGUCGGCGCCGCGACGCUCGAGGCGCGCUGCGGCGCGCGCGCGCUGGCGGCGUUGGGCGCGUGCUUCGCGGCAACGGCGCCGGCGGGGGUGGCGCUGGGGGUCGUGCUGCGGACGGUGCUCGACAUGCACGAUCCACGGUACCUCAUCGUGCUGGGGGUGAUGGACGCCAUCGCCAGUGGAAUGCUGCUGUAUGUCGCGAUCGAGCACAUGAACGCGCUGGGCACCAAGGGCCCCUGGCUGCGGCGGCAACACUGGGCGGCGCAGCUGGUCGUGGUCUGGUGCUUCCUCGCGGGCGGCGCGUGCAUCAUCCUCGUCGGGAAGUACUCAUGA